CUCUCUCUCAUCAGCUGAGUAAAAAAGCCAACGCAUUAUCAAAACAACAAGCGGCAAAAACACUUAACUCUCUGCUCUGACCCAUUCAUUUUACGACAGUAAUUUCCUUUUGCCUUAUCAACGUAAGACUACUACAGAUAAAACGCAUGGCGAAGUCGUCGUCGGCGAUCAAGCCAGAGGACUACGCCCACAGUCCGGUUCACUACGCCGUCGUCCUCGGCGACCACACCACUCUGUCAAGAAUCGUCUCCACCCUCCCUCGACUCGCCGAGCCGAGUCAGAUCCACACCGAGUCCGACUCGCUUGCCCAGGAGAGACUCGCCGAUAAGAUCUCCGCCGUCCUCGACCGCCGUGACGUCCCCAACAGGGAGACUCCUCUCCACCUCUCCGUUCGCCUAAACAACGCCGUUGCGGCGCGAACACUUGCUAACGCCGGCGCCGAUGUGUCUCUCCAGAACUCUGCAGGAUGGAAUCCUCUGCAGGAGGCUCUUUGUCGCCGGAGCUCCGACAUUGCGCUCGUCCUCCUCCGCCUCCACCACCGCUCAGCCUGGACCAAGUGGCGCCGCCGCCUGCCACGUGCCAUCGCCGUUCUCCGCCGGAUGCGCGAUUUCUACAUGGAGAUCUCCUUCCACUUCGAGAGUUCCGUCAUUCCCUUCGUCGGGAAGAUUGCUCCCUCCGAUACGUACAAGAUCUGGAAGCGGGACGGCAAUCUCCGCGCCGACACGUCCUUGGCAGGCUUCGACGGUCUCAAGAUCCAGCGCGCCGAUCAGAGCUUCCUCUUCCUCGGCGACGGCGACCAGAGCCACGACAUUCCGUCGGGAUCGCUGCUUGUCCUCAAUCGCGACAAUCGGAAAAUCUUCGACGCCUUCGAGAAUGUCGGGGCGCCGAUGAGCGAGUCCGAUAUGGCCGGGGUCUGCUCGCAGACAAGCGUUUACCGGCCGGGGAUGGACGUCACCAAGGCUGAACUCGUGGGGAGGACCAAUUGGAGAAGACAGGAGAAGACGGAAAACGUCGGAGAGUGGAAAGCUAGGGUUUACGAAGUCCACAACGUGGUGUUCAGCUUCAGGUCGCGCAAGGUCGCCGGAGGAGACGCCGACGUGGCCGGGAGCGAGCAAGUGCUCCCUCUUGAGCUUGACGAGGACGACGAUGGAUUUCUCGUGGCGGAGAAUCCGAAUUUCGGAAUUCCCGAUCGGCGGAGGCACAGUAGCUUCGUGAGGGAAGACAGGGACUUCGUGGCUUUGGGGAGGGAGAGCGUGGACGUUCCGUCCGUGAUGGCAGCGCCUCCUCCAUCACGGAGGAGGUCCUCCUCUGCGGCGUUGUCGGCGGCGGCGCCACCUCCGACGAAGGAGAAGGAGUUUGUGAGGAGUUUGAAGCCGUCGGUGUGGCUAACGGAGCAGUUUCCGCUGAAGACGGAGGAGCUCCUGCCGUUGCUGGACAUUUUGGCGAACAAGGUGAAGGCCGUGAGGAGGAUGAGGGAGUUGCUGACCACCAAGUUCCCGCCGGGCAGUUUUCCGGUCAAGGUGGCAAUACCGGUGGUCCCUACAGUGAGAGUUGUGAUAACAUUCACCAAGUUUGUUGAGCUUCAACCAGUGGAGAAAUUCUACACUCCACUCUCAAGCCCAAGACACUUCUACUACGGCGGAAGAAGCCAACCGGAAGAGGAGCACAAGUCACAGAGCCACUGCUCGUCUUUACCGUCGUCUUCGUCUCUGUCGUCGUCGUCGACGUCGACAUGGCUAAGGCGAAACAGCAGCCAGUCGGGGUCAGCCAGCAAGCAGCAGCAACAAGGGGCUGCUGCUGCUGUGGCACAAGACACCACUGACCCUUUUGCUAUUCCAAGUGGAUAUACAUGGACAAGCGUUGAUGAAAAGUCUAAGAAAAUGAAGAAAUCUAAGUCGACUAGGAAGUCCAAGUAAAAGAAAAGAAAUCGACGACAUUGAGGGGGGGAGGGAGGGAGGGAAAAAUGGUUGUUAGAUAGAUUUUGGCUGUAAAACAUGCGUGUUGUGAACUUUAAUAUACACUGUAGAUAUACCAUCAAAUUAGCAGUAUUUAUUAUCUUUUUGGAAUAUGGUCUAGGGAGAUUUUGUUGGGCAACAACAUAUGUACUCCUUGUAUUGAUUUCCCGUAGUUUUGCUGCUAACAAUUUUGUUUUCUUUAUCAAAGUUUUACUUUGGUAUG